CGCUCAAUUUGCAAAAUCCUGAAGUGUGCUGUGUAAAUAACACCUAAAUCGUAUUAUUUUUCCUUUUGCACUUGGUGCAGCAGGUUUGCUUUUCUCGUGUCGUGUGUGAUGCUGGACAAUUUUUGCUUGCGACAUGCCUAGAAGUCCGCCCAAAAGAUUGGCACACUCGCUGGCCAUGGAUUCGAGUUUCUCGCCCAUUGAAGAAGAGGAACCCGAAGCUGUUGCAGAACCCCUGAAGAGGCAGGGGUCCGUAAGGAAGGUUCUGCCAGCCACGCCGGGCGUUCCCGAUCCAGCAAAACUGGUUGAGCGGACAAAUUCCCUCCCAGGAAUCCGCUCCACAUCGCAAUAUGGACCCUAUUUCACCGAGUAUUCGCUUCUUCCUGAAUACAACAUGCUUCAAGGCUGUGCAAUUCCUGGUGUCUACUGCGUUCCAGCUGCAAACACGCCCUUAAUGUGGUUUGGAGUAAUUUUUGUUCGACAAGGCCCAUACGUUGGAGGCGUUUUUAGAUUUAAUAUUGUCAUACCAGAAAACUUCCCAGAUGGUGGCUGCCCGAAAGUGGAGUUUCAAUCAAAGUUAUUCCAUCCGCAAAUUUCUCCUGAAGGUGACUUCAACAUUGGAAGGGGGUUCUCAGAGUGGAACAAAAAUAUGCAUCACAUAUGGCAAGUUGUGGAUUAUGUUAGGAAAUCAUUUCUGAAAAUUGACCCUGGCCAACCUGUUAAUGAAGAGGCUGCUAAAAUGUACAAAAUGAAUCACGAAAAAUUCAUGGCAGAGGCUAAGAAGUGUGUUAGUCUCAGCAUUCAGCGAAUUUAUGAUUUAUCUCCUACUGAUGAUCCGCACUACAUUUCUUUUGAGCCUUUCGACAGCAAAACUCAUGAGUCGUUGAGGGAGAAAAUUUACUCUCAGGAGUCUUCAAGCGAGGAUUCGCGCGGGCUGUCGUGGGUCGCCAGCAACUCGAUCAAACCCUUCUCAGUUCCCAUCAGCGGCGUCAUUCAAAACUCUUCUUGAGCCAGGUUGAACUGCGCUCCUUUCGGCACCCAGUCGGUUUGAAGCGUGUGCUUACGUCCUGCCCAAUUGAAACCAACCGGCUUUCCGUCCUUAAACACAAAGUGCUGACUGAACUCAAUGGCAAGCUGCGAGCGCACAAGACCAAUCCCUCCGACCUUCUCCGGCGCUGGGUGGUAGACGCGGCCAGAGACUGGGUGUACGAAAAUGUGGUCUGGCUGGAAGGGCACAGUCAGCAGGUCGCCUGCGUGCCCAUAGCUGAGCGCCUGUUUGUGCUCAGGGUCGCCCAGAACGUGCGUGUACACAAAAGGUUGGUCGUCGCAACGGACAAAAUUGCGCUCGCGGCCGCAUGGAGAAAUGAAUGGGAAAGCCGGGUGAUACCGGUCUGUUGUGUUUAAUUUAAGGCGCGUGAAGAAAAAUUGCAGGAACUUCUUCUCUGAAAAGUAAUUUUUAAUUCGUUAUAAAAUUUUGCUGGACAAAGGCACAAGAUUUUGUCUUAGUUUUGUACUAAUCUUUGAGUGUGCUAUAUUAAUUUAUUGUAUUAUAUAACCUUUGAAACAUGAUGUGAAGUUUUUCAUCCGUGAGUCGUCCAGAAAAAGCUAAAAAGUGUGAUUUUUAUUAUAAUUUACAAUACAGAAUAAUAUUUCUGAAUUAAGAACUUGAA